AUGUACGCCUCUCACAAGAAGGACAUCAAUCGGCACAAGAGCUUUCAUCCUCUGACGUACCGUAAUCUCAGUAAGGUAGAACAUCGGCAGGAACAAGAGGAAGCACGAAAGAAGUUGAGUGACGAACGUAAUGUGCAACUCCGUCGUGAUCAGGAACAGCGCCGAUAUGAUGAUCUCGUUCUUGCCGCAUCGGCGGAUAGUGUAAGUGGGCAACUGGCGAAAUUCCGUCAGGUUGAGAAUAUAUUUGCUGCGGAAAACAAAGUGGUCUCUAAAGGAUCCUCCGCAACAGUGGAUAGUGGAAUGUCAGAUAUUGCGCCAACUCUUUUGAAGACCAGCAGUUCGCUAACGUUCAAAAAAGAGGAAGGAGAAAAUGAUGUAGAAAUAAAGAGAGAAGAACGCAAACGUGGUCGCGAGGAAGAUGAACCUUCUUCUAGUUCUGAUAAUAAUAAUAAUAAAAAGGUUGUGACGGGUUUUCUUUCCAGCUCAGAUGCUGCACAGCUGCGGAAGGAAUUGGAUAAACUGCAGAAGGAGCGGCAUGAUCCCCUGCGCCGCAUUGAACGCUUUCAGAACCGAACAGUCGCUGCGGAGGCAAAACGCCGGGCUCUUGAGUCGAAGAUGAACACUGUUCACAGCAACAAUCCCAGCGACAGUAAUGGCAGUGCACAUACCGAGAAGGAUGUGAUACGUAGUAGAAUCCAAGAACUGUUGGAAUUAAAAAGGCAGAAAUAA